AUGGAUACAUUACUGCUGCUAGCAAGCUCAAACGAGCACGAUAUGCAGGAAAGCAAGAGUUCUCCGGUACUAAGCAAGAAGGAUGACGGCGAGGAGGGCAUCACCGUCGACCUGUAUCCAUUCAUACGGGAAUACAAGGGCGGCCGUGUGGAGCGCUUACUGCACAGCCCAUUCGUGGCAGCGUCCAAGGACCCGGCAGCAAACCGUGGAGUUGCGACCAGGGACGUCGUCAUCGACCAGAGCACCGGCGUGUCCGCACGCCUGUUCCUUCCCUCCAUUGCAGCCGCCUCUACGGGGAUCGGCGGCGAAAGGCUUCCCGUUCUCAUGUACGUCCACGGCGGAUCCUUCUGCACGGAGAGCGCGUUCUCUCGCACUUACCACAACUACACCAGGUCAUUGGCGGCGCACGCCGGGGCGCUCGUUGUGUCCGUGGAGUACCGUCUCGCGCCGGAGCAUCCUGUGCCUGCAGCCUACGACGAUGCAUGGGCGGCGCUCCAGUGGGUGGUGUCCCUCUCUGAUCCCUGGCUCUCCGACUACGCAGACCUCGGGCGCACGUUCCUUGCUGGCGACAGUGCUGGCGGGAACAUUGUCUACAACACGGCGGUGCGUGCGGCCAGCGGCGGUAGCAGCCACAUCCACAUCGAAGGUCUGAUCAUCGUGCACCCAUACUUCUGGGGGGUCGAGCGGCUGUCCAGUUCCGAGGCAGUCUGGGACGGCGUCGCCAUGUUUGCUCCUGAGACCAUCGACAUGCUCUGGCCGUUCGCUACGGCCGGCCGGCUGGGCAACGACGAUCCCUCGGUCAACCCUCACGACGAGGAGAUCGCCUCGCUGACAUGCCGGCGUGUGCUGGUGGCCGUCGCCGAGAAGGACACCUUGAGUGACCGCGGGCAUCGGCUGGCAGCUCGCAUGCGCGACUGCUGCUCAUGGGCCGAUGAUGAUGACGCGGUGACAUUGGUGGAGUCGGGGGGAGAAGACCAUGGCUUCCACCUGUACAACCCACUGCGUGCGACCAGCAAGAUCCUCAUGGAGAGCAUAGUACGGUUCAUCAACCAGCGGCCAAAACUUCACGAGCUGCAUGCAUGCCAAGGUAAGACGAAGGCAUCGUCUCCUGGUGAGAUGGACACAGCCGUCGAGCCUGUUCUAGGCGUGCCAACCAGGCCGUAUAUAGACGUACAUGGCUAUGGGACGUCCAUGAGAGUCAGAGAUGUGACACGUGGUAGCUGCUUACGCAUUGGACAUGGAAGAAAAGCAUCCAAAACAAGUUAUGGGUUAUUUUUGGGGCAUGUUAUCAGGCCAAACAUCACCAACACGAGGUUCUCGUCAUCAGCAACAACAGCUCCUGAGAGUUGUCUUUUUCACAACUUCAUCUAG